AGCCUGGAUCCAACAUGCAUUGCCGUCCGAGGACUCUGGGUUUGGCUGCACCUUCUCCAAUUCUGUGUCUCGAACCAGAGCUUGGAACCUGAGGAGGAUCGCAAGAACAAGCCCUGGAGACCAAUUCCUUCUGGAGCACUGUCCAUGCGCUCAGCCCGGACAUUUCGUUGGGGGCUGCUCGUGGCCUGCCUGGCUUUUUCUGCUCAGUGUGGUGCCUUGAUACCAAGCGCUGCGUUGUCCUUCGCUACUUGGGCGCAUAACGAGGCCAAGCUCGGAUCUCAGUGGACUUCCCGGAACGUGCUGAAUGGAAUCGGAUAUUCUUCAUUCAGUGUCGGUGCUAGUUAUGUAGGACGCUCAGCACUGGACCAUUUCUCUGCAUCCGAGGUACUCGUUGCGCAGAUGCUCAUCUUCGCAGUCAUUUCUACCACCAUACAGGCACAAGACUUCAAGGAUGUAGAGGGCGAUAUACUUGUCGGCCGCCAGACACUCCCAAUUGUGUUCCCCAUUGCGAGUCGCAUCGUGACCGUCCUCCUCAUUCCUGUGUGGUCUUUCUUCUUUGCUUUCUUCUACCCAACGGCAUACCCAUCCCUGUUAUUCUUGGUCGGCAUCCUGGGAGCAUUUAACAGCGUCAGAUUCUGGUUCAUCCGAACAAGAGACGGAGAUAAGCUCUCAUACUUGCUCUAUAAUGUCUGGUUAUGCUCCCUGCAUGUUAUUCCCUUCACCGCCAUAGCCGUAAUCGGGCCUUUCUGA